AUGGCAGCCUCGGGUCUGGAUGCAAAACGCAGAUCAGGAAAAGACGACCACAAACAUCUGCACGCGCUGGUUAAUUAUGCAUUUGCACUCAAAGAUGCUCUAGCUGGUAUUACAGUUCAUAGUUUUGAACUGAAAGCAGGUAUAAGUUGCGGUCCCUUGGUGGGUGGAGUGAUAGGCGCUCGGAAGCCGGUGUAUGACAUCUGGGGUAACACCGUCAAUGAGGCUUCGCGGAUGGAAAGUACCGGGGAAGCAGGAAAGAUACAAGUCACCGCCCAUACUCGUGAGCUUCUGAAAACUGAGUAUAUUCUAACAUGCCGUGGCGAUGUACAAGUAAAAGGAAAGGGAAUUAUGGAGACCUGGUGGGUUACAGAUCCAUUUUGUGGUAUAGUAAUGAAUUCAAAUAAAAUGAUUUCUUCGAGUGAUGAUUUGUAUAUACGACCUCCUCUCCCGGCCCCUGAACGGGAAGACAUAGAAGAACCUGGUCAGGCUAAAUCUUUCGACAUUCCUAUGAAGAAGAAAAGAAGAAUGGUCAUAAUUACUAAACGCUAUUCGAAACGUGAUGACCCGAGCAGAAAUAACGACCGCAGACGUAUUAAAUGCUUGGUCGAAAAAGAGGAACCUGGGCCAUCUGUACAUCCAUUUGCUGAGCUCUUGUUUUCCAUGCAACAGACGAGAAUGCAGAUCAACACACACCCGAUUUAUACAUGGCGCUACCGUCGCCUAGGGCACCCUGGCCUGGAAAACGGGUACUGCAGUACCAAUGAUGGACCUCUUAAGGCUGGAUUAUAG